AUGGCAACUAAGUUACAUGAAUACUUGAAGGAAUCAAAUGAUUAAAAUCAGAAAGUAGAGAGACACUAGAACCCUACAAUAUAAACGAACGGGUCAGCUUCGACUUAGGCGAACAUUGAAAUCAACAACAUGGACUAAUCCUAAUCGAUUUCUACAUUUACUCCAAUACCGUAUAUCAUAAAUAUAACAACUCAGAAUGAAAAUACAGUAUCAAAUUCUAUUCAAUAAUAAAAGAGGCCAAAAAUAAAACUCAAAUUACCGCAUAAAAAAUACCUAGAUACAGAACUGUCAAGACUAAAUGAUAGUAAAGAAGUCUAUGACUAGCCAACUUUAGCUUUAGAUUAAAUUGAGCAGCAAAUGCUGUAAUAGAAGUUAAUUAAAGGAAAUAACAUAUUUAAUCUGAAGCAGGUAAGUCAAACUCCAGAUAACAGAAAUAUAUCAAGUAAGCUAGAAAAGCUAUUCUCUGAUAAAAAUAAAAUUCCAAGUAGGAACGGUAAGCACGUAAAAGCUGGAAUUUUUUUCAAAAGUUUAAAAGAAAGAAAGUCAUCCAAUGCUUCUCCUAAUUUUGACCCUUAGAAAUUUGACUAUGAUUAAAUAAUCAAGAAUGUAUUAGAAUUCAAUAGUCAAUUUGAUUAGGCUGAAGAGACUAAAGAGGAAGACCCUAAAGUUCUUAUUAAAUCUUUGAAAAAAUAUAAUAAACAUAUUAAUAAGAUAAUCUAGGACUAGGAGGAAUAUGAAAACAGACAGAAUAUCUUGUCAAUGAAUCCAAAGCAUAUACCUACUGCAUAGUUUAUUGUAAAUACUGAUGGUGAGUAGAUUGAUUUGCAAAUUAAAAAUAACGAAGUAAAGAUAAUUCAACUUCAGCAAGAGUAUAAAUAACUUAAGACUAUGACAUUGAAAGAGGUUACAACUGAUAACAGACUGACUCUAUCAAAUCAAAUAUAAAUUCUUGAUAUGUAAAUAAGGUCGUAGACUCUUAUGAAAAAUCAACUUGAAUCAAGCCAGAAAUAGAUUAAUGCUUAAUUGCAUACAAGUAAUUAAUAGAAAAUGAAAGAAUAAGAGUCGUAGGCAUUUAACAUCAUCCAGGAGAUAGAUUUUUUGAAACAUUAAAUUGACUAAGUCAAUGAAAGUAUUCUGAAGUAGAAUGAACUUUCAUCACGAUACACAAUUCAGAUUCAACAAGCCAAAGAAAAAUUAGAAGAAUCGAAUAAAAAUUUGGAAUCAGUAAAACUAGAAUUUGAAAAUCAUCAAAUCACCGGCUUAGAAUAAAAGAUUUUGGAGAACAAACUUAGAAUCUAAUACGGGGAAGUAACGAGUAAAAAAUUGAGUCUUGGUAAAGUUUCAGAGAAGCGGUUUAAAAAUCUUAAGACAGACAUACAUAUUAAGAAGGGUGUUAAAGCAAGAAUGAAACGAUUGAAGGAGUAAUUUUUGAAGAAGUUAGGAGAAUCUAAGAAUCUUCCUCCCAUAGAGAGCCAUCGAGCAUUUGUGAUAAACACUGAGCUCUCAUUAAUUAGACAUCCUAAGUAUUAAAGUAAUGAGAACAGUCCGAGAUAAACUUCUGAUCUAAGACUUGAUAGCUUUGAGCAGAGACUGAGCUAUGAUUUAAAUCAGAUGUAUCAGACCACAAAUGCAAAAUUAAAUCAUUAGAUACAAGGAAGUAGUGGCAGUCAAAUGAAGUAUAAGCUUAAUCUAGAUAAUAUUGAUGUUGAUAUUUAGUAAUAGAAUAAUGAGGAAGAAAUGUAUAUAUAAGAGAGUAGUAACAGUCAGGGUGAGCAAUAGCAAAUUCAAAACAAUAAAAUGUGCAUAAAUGCAGCUCCUUAGAACAAAAGUAGGAAUUUAAUGACUAUAUAAUGA